AUGCAUACAUUUAAUCGACUGCGUUCGAAAAUCCAUCAUGAAUCUUCUCAUCCGUCGAGAACCACACCAGCGUCAUUAUCAACAAAAUUAACAACACAUUUCAUUCCUUCCGCAACUGCCAAUUCUACUAAUACUACACCUACUCAAUCUAUUAGCAUCUCAGCACCUAUUAUUAAUUCGAAAGACAAGGUUAUAAUUAUCGACAAAGAUCAGACAAAUAAGAGUCGUAAUGAAGAGCAGAUAUCAGUUGUAGACGACGACAGCAUCGAAGAACAACUGAUCUCAUCAGAAGAAACAGAAAAAAUGUCUGGUGAAUGCACACAUCUUGAUGAUCAGGUAGAUUAG